GCCAUUUAUGGAAGACCUUCAACCAUCCAGCUUGGACCACAGUUUGAGAGCUCUUGUCAUUAAAACCUAGAAUGUGCCCUCUUAAGAUAGUCUUUUUUUCCUUGAAUUUUUUUUUUCCCCUGGUAUGGUCCUUAUCCUCAGGAUGCAGGACUACUCCCACUUCCUCAGUGAAGUGCCGAAUCACAAGCAGAGCUGUAAAGCCUUUCAGUCAGUCCAGGGUUCAGGACCGCUUCAGGCCCUUGUCAGUGAGUGAGCGUGCUAGGCAAAGAGCAGUGCUUGCAGCAGGUGUCCGUCUCCAAGAUCUGACUGAGCCAGGUGCCUUUCGGACAUGCUGAGGAGCGCCCUGCUGUGCGCCGCGCUUGCACUCGUGCGAGCCCAGCCCUUUCCCUGCCCCAGAACCUGCAAGUGUGUGGUCCGCGAUGCCGCGCAGUGCUCCGGCGGCAGCGUGGCUCACAUCGCCGAACUGGGUCUGCCCACGAACCUCACACACAUCCUGCUCUUCCGAAUGGACCGGGGCGUGUUGCGGAACCACAGCUUCAGUGGCAUGACGGUCCUGCAGCGCCUGAUGCUCUCAGACAGCUACGUUUCCGCCAUCGACCCAGGCACCUUCAAUGACCUGAUAAACCUAAAGACCCUCAGGCUGACUCGCAACAGAAUCUCUCAUCUUCCACGUGCGGUCCUGGAUAAGAUGGUGCUCCUGGAGCAGCUGUUCUUGGAUCACAAUGCACUAAGGGACCUUGACCAAAACCUGUUUCAGAAACUGCUUAACCUGCAGGAGCUCUGUCUGAACCAGAACCAGCUCUCCUUCCUUCCCGCUAACCUUUUCUCCAGCCUGGGGAAGCUGAAGGUGUUGGAUUUAUCACGGAACAACCUGACCCACCUGCCCAAGGGAUUGCUGGGGGCGCAAGUUAAGCUUGAGAAACUGCUGCUCUACUCAAACCAGCUCGCUUCUGUGGAUUCGGGGCUGCUGGACAACCUCGGCGCCCUGACCGAGCUGCGGCUGGAGCAGAAUCAACUCCGCUCCAUCGCCCCCGGCGCCUUCGACCGCCUCGGAAACCUGAGCACCCUGACUCUGUCGGGAAAUCGCCUGGGGUCUCUGCCGCCCGCGCUCUUCCUGCACGCGAGCAGCGUGACCCGGCUGACCCUGUUCGAAAACCCCCUGGAGGAGCUCCCGGAGGUGCUGUUCGGGGAGAUGGCCGGCCUCCGCGAGCUGUGGCUGAACGGCACCCAGCUGCGCACGCUGCCCGCCGCCGUCUUCCGCAACCUGAGCGGCCUGCAGACGCUGGCGGUGACGGGCAACCCGCGCCUGGGCGCGCUCCCGCGCGGCGCGUUCCGCGGGCUGCCGGAGCUGCGCGCGCUCGCGCUGCACGCCAACGCCCUGGCGGAGCUCCCGGAGGACGCGCUGCGCGACCUCAGCCGCCUGCGCCAGGUGUCGCUGCGCCACAACCGGCUGCGGGCCCUGCCCCGGGCGCUCUUCCGCAACCUCAGCAGCCUCGAGACCGUGCGGCUCGAGCACAACCAGCUGGAGACGCUGCCGGGGGACGUGUUCGCGGCCCUGCCCCGGCUGUCUCUGGUCGCGCUGGGCCACAACCCCUGGCUCUGCGACUGUGGCCUGUGGCCCUUCCUCCAGUGGUUGCGGCAUCACCAGGACCUCCUGGGCCCGGACGAGCCCCCGCAGUGCCGUGGCCCCGAGCCACGCGCCGGCCUGUCGUUCUGGGAGCUGCUGCAGGGUGACCCGUGGUGCCCGCACCCUCGUGGUCUGCCUCUUGACCCUCCCACUGAGAACGCUCUGGAUGCCCCGGUCCCCUCCCAGCUGCCUGACAACUUGCAGUCCCAGGCGUGGGUCCAGCUGGUGGCCCGGGGUGAAAGUCGCGAUCACAGCUUCUACUGGGGUCUUUACGUUCUGCUUUUAGUAGCUCAGGCCGUCGUAGCCGGCAUCAUCGUGUAUGCCAUGAUUAAAAUCGGCCAGCUGUUUCGAACAUUAAUCAGAGAGAAGCUGUUGAUGGAGGCAAUGGGAAAACCGUGUAACUAAUUAAAAUGGGACUUGAGCACUCAGAAGGUGUGUGUGUGGGGUGGGGGUCUCCCGCAAUGAGAAUCCAGUCAGGAUGCGGCUCCCUUCUUCCAUUUCCCUCGCCAUUUCUCCCCUUCCUUGUUCUCCCAGUUCAUCCUCUCAGUGUCCCGUCUCUCUCCUCAGAAGUCCCUUUCAUAAAUCGCGACUGCUUGCUAGCCUGGCCUGCGUGGGUGGGUUUCCUCCUCUGUGGUUAGCUUCUGGGGAGAAAGGGAAGGACACUUGGCUUGUGUUUGGCUCAUCCAGUUCCCACCGUGCAGUGUGCUGGGUGCCUAGUGGAGAGAGGAGCUUUCUCGGUGUCUGAGUUUGAGGACACUCCUGCCGGCUGGGCAGGACUUCUCCUGCACCCAGCAAGAGUUGGGUAAAUUGGCUGGAGGAACACUAUCAUAAAACGAACCCUAGACCCCAGAGGUCAUGCCUCUUCCCGGGAGAAACCUGGAGUGUUCUUGUCCUUUUCUACUUGAAAGGCCAAUUUCGUGUCCCUGCUCUUUUAUGUUCUCUUUUUGAGUCCGUUCUGCCCGCUGUUUUGGGAGGGUGCGAUCCAGAGAUGAAUUUCAGGGCGAGCCUCCUCUGUGAUGGGCUGAGCUGGGACACACAGGAGAUCCCAUCCCCACCCCAGUCACAACAGCCCCUUUCCGGCACCCAUUCCUGACCUGACUAGGAUGGCUGUUGUCCCAGGAGCCGGGUAUGGGAGCUCCUAUGUGUUAUACUCAGCUCAUCACAGAGGGGCUUGCUUUGAAACAGAGACUCCCCAGGAACCAGAGGCUGAUUGAGGGGGUUCCGGAAACUCAUUGCCACGUGCUGGGACGCGUGGGGAGCUGCUCAGUGUGUCCAUUGGCCUCCAGGGAGUUUCCACUUCUUUGCACAGGCAAAAUAGGGCAUUUUGGUUCUUAUUUCCUAGAGGUAGAUGCCACCUCAUUUCACAAGCAUUUAUGGAGCUGUGACGAUGUGACAGCUGCUCAUGAACGUAAUGAUAGCUUGGAUUCCAGUGGACUGUGCUUGUUUCACAUUCUCAUUUAUCCUUCCAAUUGAAAGCAAUUAAACCCUUGUUGCAUUAA